AGGAGAGAGAAAGUGCGGAAGAGAAAGAGGAUUUCGAUCUCAAAAAGAGUAGUCUGGAGUUUGGAGAGAAGGGAUCUGAGUGAGUGUCAGCGCGAACAUGGCAGUGUCAUUCCCUGACGGCAGACCGUCCCUGGUCGUGAGUUGGGAAGAAAAUAUCAAGUUUGAGGACCUGCAGUCGGCUAUUGACGAGCACUUCAACCAACUGGCGUUUAACAUCGGAACAACCUGCGAUGUGCAGCAGCUGCAGUCCCGCCAAGCCCUGGUGUCCAUGGGGUUAGCGGCCAGAGAAGUCCUACACACCAUGGUGACUCUUGGGAACACGUCAGUCCUGUUUAGAAAUAAACAAAUCAGACUCUUCAUUGAUAUCCCUAAUGCUGACCUGGAUAUUUCAGUUCCCAUGGAGCAGGGUCCAGACAACUUUACAACUCCAAAGGGUCCCACCACUCGAGUCCAACAAGGUAAUCUGAAUUUGGAAGAAGUCUAUAUUGAUAUUUCACUUGAAGAUAACGUUGCUCAGCUCCUUCAGCCUAAUGAGAAUAUAUUAAAUUAUAUCAUGGAAGCAAAAUUUGGUUGCCUUGCUAUACUGUGCUUAGAAAACACAGAAACAAAGACCGAAACUAGCACGGCGAAUCAAUCCGUUAAAGAGUCAAUUUCACAUGCUUUGCCUCCUGGAGUUUGGUAUAGGAAGUAUCUACCAGAAGGUGUUACUGUUGCUGUAGUAAUAGAUGAUCUGACAAGGUAUAAGGUAGAUGCCGUAGUAAAUGCUGCCAAUGAAAGCUUACGACACGCUGGUGGACUUGCUAAUGCUUUGGCAAGAACAGCUGGACGUCAAAUUGAACUUGAAUGUAAUGACAUUAUUAAACGACAGGGGAAGGUUCAAACCGGUACUGCAGUAGUCACCACCUCUGGGCGACUUCCAUGUAAGAAGGUCAUUCAUGCAGUUGGACCUGUUUGGAAAAAUUAUUCACCUGCUGAAAAUGACACUCUACUCAGUAAUGCCAUCAGAAAUAGUCUUAACCAAGCAAAUAUAAACAAAAUGACUUCUAUUGCCAUACCUGCAGUGAGUUCUGGAUUAUUUGGCUUCCCAUUAAAAAGAUGUGCAGAAGUUAUAGUAAGAACAAUUGAAACUUUUUACAAGACCAUAAAGACAACAGAUACUCUGAAAGACAUUCGUUUGGUAAAUUUUGAUGACUUAACAGUGACAGCAAUGAAGAAUGCGUGCAUAAAUAUACUUGGUGAAAUGAAUGAACUCAAAAGUUCAUCUGCUAUAUUUUUGACACGUGAUAACGUUCGUAUCUACAAACUCAAUAUACGAAUCAAGAGAGAAAACAUUGAAGACCAGCGAUGUGACGUGAUUGUGAAUUCCAUAUCCAAAAACCUAAAUUUGGAAUCUGGAACUAUUUCUAAAGCAAUUCAGAAGAAAGCUGGCCCGGAACUUGAAAAAGAAAUUUCAAGAAUUAUAAAGACAAAUUUAUUGCCUUUGGGCAAAGUAGUAAAAACUCCAGGAUUUCAACUUAACUGCAAGUAUUUGUACCAUGCAGUGUGUUAUGAGCAGGCCAAGGCUUUGCCUGAAAUGAUUUUGCAGAAAAUUGUAGGCUCAUGUUUGGAACUUGCAGAUAGAGAUGAUCUUUCCUCUAUUGCAUUUCCUGCAAUAGGUAGCUCAAGUUUACCAAAAGCAAAGGUAGCAAAGAUUUUCGUGGAUGAAGUUGUCAGUUUUGCUGAACAAAAUCGAAACACCAAACUGAAUGAUGUUUUCUUUGUGCUUCAAACAACAGAAACAGAGAUUUAUGAGGCUUUUCUACAGGAGAUAAGUAUCGUAAAACGCUUAACUCAAGGAAUUUCAGAGCCCUCAACAGCUGCAGAAACCUUAGGUGGUCCGAAUUUAAAAACUACCAAACGUAAUGAGAAUAAAACAUACCUUUCACUUCGUGCCAAAGAUUAUCCAACUUUGGAAUGUGCCAAACAUUGGUUUACGAAAAACAUUCUGGAACCUCAAGGCCAUUUUAUCAUAAAUAAUCAGAACAUCUGUUACAUUACAGUACAGGAAUAUGCAGCCUUAUCAAACAUUAAAACUGAGUAUGCGAUAGACAUCGCAGGAAAAAUAACUGACUCUGGGGUACAGAUUGUUUUAAAUGGGCCUCGCUUGAUGGUACUGAAUGCAAUACUCAAUAUAGAAAAAAUGCUUUGCGAAGUACAGGAAAAAAAUACAAAGAAACGAGAAGCUGAGCUAUUGCAGUCCCUAGUCUAUUGGGUCUUCAAAGAUGGGGGUAACAUAAUUGAGUAUGAUGCUGAAGUGAACUUUGCCUUAGAAAAGGCUUUCCUGGAUAAAGAGCCAAUUGUAAGCGUUGAAAUGAAUGGUACUAAGCACACAGUAAAUUUACUACAGGGGACAGCAUCGAGAGACAAAAAACGUUCAGUGAAGGUUGAAAGACACUAUAAAGGUCAUGAAGAUUAUGUGAACAGUGUUCCAAGUAACUGGGUUACAAUCACUGGCCUAAAUUUUCAGAAUGUAUUAAUAGAUCCAAGCACCCAUGAAUUCAACAAAACGAAAAAGGAAUUUUCAAAUGCGGGUUUUAACAUUGUGGAGAUUGAAAGCAUACAGAAUCCGGUUUUGUGGAAUUGCUACAUACGUAAAAAAGAAAUUGGACAGACGAAACCUCCAGGGAAUGAUACCAGAGUUGUUUCACUGUACCAUAGAUCACCAGCCCAUUUAUGGAGAGUGAUAUGUAGAAAUGGAUUUCAGAGAAUAUACUCAAAGCAAUCUGAGAGGAAGUACGGUGAAGGGAUCUACUUCAGUACCAAUGUGAGAAAUGUAUUGAGAGGCCAUAGUGAAAUCAGUGAUGAAGAGAAAAUUAUUUACAUCUUUGAAGCAGAUGUUUUUGUCGGCAAAUACGCACAAGGGAGUCAAUCACUUCUUUUACCCCCCACCAGAAAAUCUGAAACUUUUGAAUUAUUUGAUAGUGUCGUGGAUGACAAACGUCUACCCAAAACGUACGUUAUUUUCAACAGUUCUCAAGCUUAUCCAAAGUAUCUUAUAAAAUGUGAGAGAAAAUAAGUACAUUGAUUUAUCAUGUUAAUGUGGUAAAGGCAAAAAUUAUAGACUUCUUGAUGAUGUGCAAAUGCUUAGUAUUGUAACAUACAUCUGGUCAACUUCACUUAUAAAUGGCAUAAACUUAUGGGCCUUCUGAUAGAGAAGUAAUGGAAUACAAUGUACUUUCUUGCACACGUUUGACAUAUUCAAUUUAUUUUCUAUCUAUAAUGGCUUAAGUGACAAACUGUUUUGCACCUUUUUAAAUGACUGAAAAGAGUUUUUAGUUUUAUUUUGCUCCAAAUUUUUUGGAGUGCAGCCAUCAUUUACAAUGAAUUACUUGAAUUAACAAACUUAAAAAACUUAUUCUUCAGGUGAAAAUGGGGUUUAAGAUUAUUAAAUCUGAAUUGCUGUGUUAAUUAUGACUUCUAGUUUUGAACUAUAGGAUUGUGAAAUUUACCUGUGGGAAUGAAUUCCAAUAAAAGUCAGCUAUCAAAACACUGGCUGAAAUUACUGAAGUGAGUGGUUUUGAUGUGGAUGGGUCUGACUGAUUUUUUUUACCAAAAAGGAUUAAAUAAUCCUAGAUGGU